AUGCCAGAGGCAUCAGACUCACCACAGCCGCCCGAGCCAUCAGCAGUGUCGAAACUGAUCGAGAGCUCGGGCGCGAAAUCUGCGGGAGAGGCUCUCACGAUCGAGAUCCUGCACAAUCUACGGUAUCAGCAUGACUGGUCCGAUCUGCGGCUGCAUGUCGUUCAGCUGAAUAGCGGACCGAGUCCUGCGUCCAUCAACGGUGAUGGCGACGGGAACACAACGUCCAGGAUGGUCAAUCUCGAGGUCGACAAUUACUUCUCUCCCAACUAUCAGCAGCAACAAGGCCGAUCCUCAUCCCCGUCCCGCUCGGCGACCUCCUCAACAGCAACUCUAGCAACACCAUCAUCCGCCCCUCCAGCCAACAAUGAACCCCCAAUCAACGUCGUCCGGCUCAUCUCCGGCCUUCCCCCACGCCACAGCUACAUCCACCCCGAUCUACAAUUACACCUGGUCAAGCACUCAAUCCCAGAAGCCUCACUGCCCGUGCAGCGCGAGUUCGUGCUGCCGCUGAGUACCGCCGAGAAGUGGACGCUGAGUCGCUUCUGCGCGGUGUUUGAUGCGAUGGCUGGCCGCGAGAGGAUCGUUGUUGGCUCCGGCGCUGAUGCUGCUGCUGCUGUUGCUGUUGCUGUUGCUACUCCAAACGGUGAUGGAGGUACGAGAGUGAACGGCAAUGCGAAGCGGCCGACCUCUACACCAGGAAGCCACGCCAGAGUACCGUACGAGCAUCAAGACCAGAAACGAGUGUUGCUGGGGAUGCGGGCGCGAGAGGGCGGCGGCGGCGAUUCCACCGUCGUCUACUAUAUCAUGCAGGAAGGGGAAGUCAAGCCGCGGCAGAAUGGCUGA